AUGAUAGGCCUGCCCCGGAGCUUCCUCUCCGCCUCCUCCGCCUUGCCUGCGAGUGCUCGGAGGAAAACGGAUCGGUAGUUGCUGGUGCAGAAACGUUGCUUAGGCGGACGCGAGAUGACCGGUUCGAACGAAUUCAAGCUGAACCAGCCACCUGAGGAUGGCAUCUCCUCGGUUAAGUUCAGCCCCAACACCUCCCAGUUCCUCCUGGUCUCCUCCUGGGAUACGUCUGUGCGCCUCUACGAUGUGCCCGCCAAUUCCAUGAGGCUCAAGUACCAGCACACUGGUGCUGUCCUGGACUGCGCCUUCUACGACCCAACACAUGCCUGGAGUGGAGGAUUAGAUCAUCAACUGAAAAUGCAUGAUCUGAAUACUGAUCAAGAAAAUCUUGUUGGAACUCACGAUGCCCCCAUCAGAUGUGUUGAAUACUGUCCAGAAGUGAACGUGAUGGUUACUGGAAGUUGGGAUCAGACAGUUAAACUGUGGGACCCCAGAACUCCUUGUAAUGCUGGGACGUUUUCCCAGCCGGAUAAGGUCUACACUCUGUCAGUGUCUGGGGACAGGCUGAUUGUGGGAACAGCAGGCCGUCGAGUGCUGGUGUGGGACUUGAGGAACAUGGGCUACGUGCAGCAGCGCAGGGAGUCUAGCCUGAAGUACCAGACUCGCUGCAUCCGAGCCUUCCCGAACAAGCAGGGUUAUGUGUUGAGCUCUAUCGAAGGCAGAGUGGCUGUGGAAUACUUGGACCCGAGCCCUGAGGUUCAGAAGAAGAAGUAUGCCUUCAAGUGUCACAGGCUAAAGGAGAACAACAUUGAGCAGAUUUACCCAGUCAACGCCAUCUCCUUUCACAACAUCCACAAUACGUUUGCCACAGGUGGUUCUGAUGGAUUUGUAAAUAUUUGGGACCCAUUUAACAAAAAGCGCCUGUGCCAGUUCCAUCGGUACCCCACCAGCAUCGCGUCCCUAGCCUUCAGCAAUGACGGAACCACACUGGCAAUAGCAUCGUCAUAUAUGUAUGAAAUGGAUGACACCGAGCAUCCUGAAGAUGGUAUCUUCAUUCGCCAAGUGACAGACGCAGAAACAAAGCCCAAGUCCACGUAAUCAUCUGGUGAAUGUGGUUUCUCUGGAGAAGCUUUUGUCUGCUUCGUACAAACAAGUGCUUCCCCUAAGGCCUGCCUGUACCAUUGGACACUUGGUCUGGUGUUGUGUGGAUUUCUAUGUCUCCUGUCAUACCCGAAAUGUCUCUGUUUCCUGUGAUUGUUUGGGCUAGGGAGGCUUUUGUAUCCUUGUACAGUAGUCUGACAAUUCUCCUGCCCUAAGCCAUGGUUGUUUGUGUUUGCUGUCUAAAACUGUUAUAUUUUUCUGCUGUCUAAUAAAUCAGAUUUGGAACUUUUAAAA